UAAUGUUUCGGGUCGAAGCCACUUCACCAGACAUAUGACUCGAAACGUUAACUGUUUCUCCUAGCAGAUCAGACAGCAUCUUUGCAUUCAGGGUGAUGUGGUUUUUCGAAAUGCCAAGUCGUUGUUUCAGUGAAUUACGUUUUUGCCGGCAACACAGCAAUUUAUUUUCACAAAGUUCGCUGAGACAAGAUGCAAAUCAAACCUUUUUUUAAUUAAAGAUAAUUAUGUGAAUCAUUUCAAUCUGUAGCCUGAAAUGCACUAGUAAUUUACUGAACUGUAAUUGACCCGAGGAAUUUAUAAGAAGCUGCAACAACUCCCAGGGUUCCUGCAGGAUGCACGCGAGUCAGAAAUCUUAAAGAGACAGAGCCGGUUAAACGUGCAACUUUUCUCCAGAACGAGAAGCACCAUCGCAAAUUCAUCGGCCCUAAAAAGAAACGCUGCAAAGAUCAAUUUAUAACGUUCCUUUCCAAAUGCAAGGAGGCAAAAAGUUGGAGGCGGUGUACAAUAGCAGGAGACGUGCUCGACAAUCUCAAAAGAGGGUGGUCACCAGCGACUUCAAUUGUGAAAGGCUCCGAUACUGCAAGAACAAAAAGAACAGCGAAGAGAAAAGGAUGAAACACUCACGCAUAAUUAGCGGUGUAUUAUUUACAAGCGCUGAGAACUUGGUUUGGGUUGACGCCCAGCUGUGAGAUUUAACAGCGUGCAUGUGGAAGGCAGGAAGCGAAUACGGACUCCGCGGCCCCCACGACCCUUCAUUGUCCUUGCCUCGUUGUUGCGUCCACUUUGUGUUCGACUCUUAACCGUCUGGUCAGUCUGCCUCUCACUUUUGAUUAGGAACGUUCAGACAAUAUUACUUGAAGCCUUUGAAACAGGCAGAUAAACGCGAGAAGUAAUUUAUAAAUGUCACCCACCGCGACGCGGCGAGGAUAUCCUAAGUAAGGAGUUAGAAGUCUUGGGAAAAACGAAAGGAUAAAUUCUUCAAGAGAAGGAUCAGCAUUUAUUGUCCAUCCCCAAUUGCCCAUGCAAAGGAGGGGAUGUGCUGCAGUCUGGUGAAGGUGUUCCCAUGGUGCUAUUGGUGAAACCAAAACUCUUGCAAUGAUGAGCACAGAAAACAACCCAGCUAUAAAGAGCCACAAGAACUUCAGCCAGUCCAGUACAGACUCGCGUGGUAAAGCAUCAAGAGCAAAUUGUAUUUCCAGAGAUGAUAAAAAUGUUAAAGGAAAACUUAAUAUGCGAUCUCCUGCUGGGCUUUUCAUUAUAUUAGGCCUGUUGAUUGUCAUGGUGGGUAUUGCUAUAGCAGUUGUUGGCUAUUGGCCACAUAAACACAAUUCUCGGGUGUCAGUGAAUCAACAACAAACAAAUAAUAGUGAAUCGGCUGUUGAGACUCAACGUGCGAGGGUGAGGCUUCAGUCCCAACCUGUGCAGAAGAAUGAAAAGCUGAAAUUAAUUGGCCCACUGAUUAUGGGCAUUGGAUUAUUCAUAUUCAUCUGUGCAAACACGGUGUUACAUGAAAAUCGCGAUAGGGAAACUAAACUUUUAGCGCAGGGAAAUAUUUAUUCCACAGCUGAUCAGAUUUUCAAUGAAGAGAAUAAUGAACCAGAAAGGAUUCAGCACCAUCCCACUUCAUCCUCCAUCGAAACCAGUUUUAGAUGCUUAGAACAGUGCUGUGCUAUUGAAGAAGGUUGCAGUGCAACUCAUGGUCGUAAAUGCUCUCUGACUGCAGAAAAAUGGGUAGAUUGUCACAAGUCUGUUAAAUGUAAUGUGACUGCUCAACUACUGCAUCACAAAAGACCUUCUCCAUCCGUUUCCCUUUGUAGUGUGGAAUCAGACUCGUGUAACUCCAGUGAAGGAAACCUUAAUGUGCCUUUGAAUUGUGGCAAUGAUUCUUCAGUUUCCACCUCAGUGAUAUUACCAGUUAUUAAACUCAACAACUGCGUCAUUGACACUCCGGUUAUUACUGCUGUGGUAGAAGACAUUGAGCUUGGGCAGCCAGUGGUCAUGAUGUCCACUGAAGACCUAAGCAAGCUGCAGAACCAUGGAUACAUUCGGUCUGGUAGCAUUCGUAGUGCUGAUGAUGCUCCUAGCAUUAUGGACGUGGACCAUCCCUUGCAGUGCGAAUCCUUUUCCACCAGACUUAUUGGAAAGUUAUUGUCUUCAGGAGUCACCAGGAAAGCAUAUGCUUCAGACAUGCAACUUCACACAUUAUGCAGUUAUUCCAAGUCAUUUGACCUUGGGAAGAAUGCAGACAAGCUCAGUGAACAAAAAAAAGAAAGGCAGCAUAGGAGUUGGCCACGUUUGGAUUGCAGUUACAUAAAAAAGUAUCUGAAGCUGGAAAACCGAGAAGACAGUGUGGACAGAUUACUUGAACAGAUUGAACGUGAGUAUGCAAGUGAAGAGCAGAACCUUUAGGAACAGAGGAAUUAAAAGAAUAUGGUGGCUGUAAAUGAAAUACAGGAGUUAGAAAUGUGAAAUGGUUUAAAAUAUUUAUCCAGCUGCAAUUUCUGAAAUAAACCUGAUGCAAUCAACUGAAAAUGUGGUUAACAGAUAGUAAACAAUUUGCAAAAAUAUUGCUCCUACUUUGGUUGUUGUAAUAAUUACUUCCUUUCAUUUUGAAUUGUAGAGAGCAGUGUUAGUCUUUUGCACAAGUCUAAUUCUUAACCGGUCCUGACUUGGUGGACUUCCUAGCUAAAUAACUUGCCUCUGUGUCAUCCCCAUUUCUCUUGUAGUGGAUUCUUUACCUAUCCCACAUGGUCAUCAUCUUUUGUCUCCAAGCUACCCAUUGAUAACAUGGUCUCAGCACCAUGUACAGUAUAUUCUGAGUGGACUAUCUCUGCAAGUGCUUCCUUAAAAUCAAAUCAUGAGUAAGAGAAUGUUUGCACUAUUAAUGCUGAAGUUACAGUGUUGGGCUCUGCCCGCAUAAUCCAUUCCUUGGUCAUAACAUUUGUUGUCCCUUCCCAGAUUGUACGUGAACUCAAUUCUAAUUAACAUUCAAUCCAGUGCGAAAAUCAAUUACUUGUAUCUUUGCCAUAUGUCAGAAUCCUCUCUUGAUGCUAUAAGUCAAAUUUUGCUUUUGACCCUUCCUAGACUGCUGAACACUCUGCUCAGUUGUUUCCAGUACUUUUCUGCUGGAGUAAUUUAACACACUUUCACCUCCUUUCUCACACUGACUUCUCCAUUUUCUUGCCAGUACUCAUCGCCUCCUUAUUUCCAAUACAUUGACUCAUCAUCUUCAUUUGCACUAAUCAUGAGUCUUCCCCCUUCCAGCUUCAGUAAUCUCCUGUAGUGCUGUUUCCACACAUAUCCUCUGCUUCGAACACACGCUUCAUGGGGAAAAAAUCUUCCUUUGCCCCAUUUCUCCAGUGAGAUCUUUCCACUGUCUUCACACCAUACCCUGGAGCUGACAAUAGACAUCUCUUCCUUGCCAAUUUCACCUCUGAAGUCUCCUCCAAACCUACCUACAACUAUAAUUGCUGUACUAUUUUGAAAGCACUAGAAAGAACGCCAUGUUAUUUCUACAAGGUUAAUGAAAACAUUGCAUUUGUUUUGUUUUUUUGGUACGUACUUCAGUUUGGACAGGUGAAUCAAAAAGAGAUGAUGGGCUCUCACUGGUCCCAGGCAUCAACGUUAAUUGAUGCUUCUCAGGGUUUUGAAAUAAGACAAUGGGUUUCUUUUAACGUUUGAUGUAAGUGGUGGGGGUAGAACGAUAUGAUGGGUACUUCUCUUACACAGGAACGUUUUACAUAAAGGCUGUGUUCAAAAUUGUGACAGUAUUUUCCAAGGUACACAAACCAAAGCCCAUUACUUGGCCAUGGAACAAUAACAUGCAGAGUACAGAUCCCAGCACCUAAUCCCAACAUAUUUUAAGAAAAAUACUUCAACCAAAAUCUUGGAUGUGUAUAAUUGGUUACAUUUAAAACUAUUUAUAUAGCACGGUAAUGGGCCCUUCCGGCCCAAUGAGCCCACGCUGCCCAAUUACACCCAUGCUAGCCUACUAACCUGUACAUAUUGGGAAUGUGGGAGGAAACUGGAGCACCUGGAGGAAACCCACACAGUCACAGGGAGAACGUGCAAACUCCUUACAGGCAGCAGUGGGAAUUGAACCCUGAUCACUGGUGCUGUAAUAGCAUUGCACUAACCGCUACAUUACUGUGCUGCACCAAAUUUAUUGACUCAUUGGCUGAACCGUCAACCAGCUAAAUGUCAAGUCUAUUAGUUAGUGUUAUUUGAGAACAAAUUAAGGACUUGUAUAUUUUCAGUGAACCUUCAUUAAAAUGUAUCUUUUUAUAUGGCCAAAACACUUUAUUUUUCAGUUUCAUGACACAUUUGCUUUAGAAUGGCAUUUACCAAAUGGUAAUUUUUUUUUCAACCCAUCAAAUUCAAAUAUUUGGUGUAAUACCCAUAACACACUGGAAAAUUACCUUGAGCAUGCAUCCAAUCAUGUGAAUCACCUCCACUCAGUCUCUUUGUUAAUUAUUGCAGUUUGAACAAAGUUUUCAAAAAAAAAUCCAGCUGUAAAGCAAAUUCUCACCGUUUUACUCAACAUUUGUUACAAAUGAGCCAAUCAUCUGCUUCAAAUCAUUGUCAGACAAUUGUUUCGGCUCCGAAUGCUGUGUACUGAGUGAAAUGGAAGGGGAAAUGAAAAUUUCUUUUCAGCUACUGUAUCUGAAAGAGAACUUUGACAUUAAGUGUGAGGGUUUUUUUAAAAUCUUGUUUCAGUUGUGUAUUACUCCAACCUUCUAUGAACUUUUCAUCUCUUGUUUUGUGGUCCUCAGUAGCAAAGCUGGUACCAGGCCCAAGUAAAUGCUAAUGGUGUUGAGUAACUACAUUUAGUUUUAAUACAUACUCAGAAUAAAAGUGAGGCAAGACUAUUAUUAUUAAGUGAUUUAUUAUCAUGUUACUGCCUUUGGGACUUCUGAUGCAAAAAUUUAUACUGCAUGCUUUAGGUAUGAGAAUGUGUUUGAAGAAUGGUACCAAUACAUAUCACUUGCUUUAAAUAUAAAAGCCUCGAUAACCUUCGUGGUUGGAAUCUGAGGUAAACCCACAGAGGACCAGAGAGGCCACAUUAAAGUUUUAUGGCUCUGAUAUCACUUUGGGGCAUUUAACAAGAGUCACAUUUACCCAAGAUACACCUAUAUUUAUGCAGAUAUCCAUUACCACUACAUGGCCCCCUGCAUCUCCCCACAAUCCUGGAUACUUUGAGGUUCUUGAGUGUUCUCCUGCUGUUAGAAGAAUGGUCCCCUGGAGCUUCAGGCAUAUGGGUUCAUUUCCAUUUAAUGCAGGCGCAAGCAGUCAUCUCAGUUUGCCCAGCUGAUUGUGGUAGGUUUAAUGGAAUUGGACUUAUUGUCAAAGUGGCAAUGCAAAUGCUGAGUUAAACAACAGGAAUCAUGGCAUGUUCUAUCCUGCUGGAUUUUCAUGCCAGCCAACCAUCUCAGAGAGUGGCCCCCUCAAGGAGGAAAAUAAAUCCGGUGCUGUAUUAACGCAUAAAGCUGCAAAUAGAUGCACUGGGAGUGCUGGAUACCCAGAAGUAAGAUGCUUAUCCAUUUCUCUGGCUUGGAAAAUAGUGGGUUAGUUCCUUUUUAUUUAUUAAAAAAAAACACACAGGUAAUAAAAUAAGAAUUAUCACUAAAAUGUGAGGAAAAGGUCAUUUUCUCAUAAUUGAAUCAAAGAAUUGCUCUAACUCUAGCCCAUCAAUUCUGUCCUGCCUCUGAAAAGAGCCUACCUAAUGGAGUCCUGCCUCCAUUCCCCUGUUCUUUCUCCUCCUGAUUAUUGUCCCUCAAGAGCCUACCUAAUUUCCGUUUGAAAGUCCUUGUUAAUGCUGUUUCCAUCAUCUCUUCAGUUAAUAAAUUCAAGAUCAUAAGUUUCUGAGUUUAAAAAAAUUCCAUGUCUUUUUUUGCCUAGAAAUUUAAAUCUGUAUUCCUUGGUCCUCAAACUAUCUUUGAAUUGGAACAACUUCCCUCUUGAGGCUGACCUCUCUUGUAUCUCAAUGUUCUUAGCAUUUUGUAUGAGUGUUGGGAAAAAUAACUUUGCAUCAGUAAAGUUGUAGAAACAAUGAAUAAAAAAUUUUGAUAUUAGAACUGUUUUAAAUUAGUUUACUUUUCAUAUUGUUGUACUAAUUUCUUAACUAUCUUUCAGGUAAUUAUAAAUUGUUAAAUGAUACUGUAAAAUUUACAUUUCUCUAAGUCAUCCACCAGGAGCUGACAGAUUAUGAAUCGAUUUGGGAAGAAUGUGCCAAUAUUAAUUGUGCAAUUGAUGAACUUGUCAGUUUGUGAAUUCUAUAUCUUUGGUGUGGUUGUGUA